UCCGCCUGCCUCAGUGGCAGGCGAGCGCACAGGCAGCAGGCGCGCAGCUCUGGGGGCACCCUGUCUUCAGUCCUCUGGCCGCCCGGCUCCACAGAGUAGCUGGGACCUGGAGCGACGGCCAGGACACCCCUCCUGCUCCCUCCCCCUCUCCACCCCCUCCUCCCGGCCCGGGCUCCCGGAUCUCGCCGAAGACAAUUGCAGUAAAUGAGGACAUCUGAGGAGCACGGAGCCGGGUGGCUGUGGCUGGCUCCGCCGCGCCGCGACCGGGCGAGCGCGCGGGCGUCCCCGGAGCCGGCCGAGCCACUGCCUCCCCGCGCGCGUCGCUGAGCAGGAGCCGGAGGGACUCGAGCUGCGGCGCGGGGGCCGGCCGGGCCGGGCGGGCCGGGCCCGUGGCAGUGGAGGGGGCGGGCGGCGGGCACGCAGCCGGCCAAGUCCCCGGAGCUGAGCCUUCUUCGGCGCGAGCCCAGGGUUCCUUGCCGUGGAUGCUCUGCCCCGAGUGCUCCGUGCCGCGCCAGGCUUGCCAGGGUCCGCGGCAAGACAUGCCCGAGCCAGGCGCUGCACCGACCUCCACUUAUCUGUGAGCAGCCAAAGGCACCAUGGUCAGCAAGGACUCCGGCAGAUGCGUACUCACGACACCAGAACAGGAAGUGGAGCCAGCGGCCUGCCUGGCCCUGGAGAUGAGAUAUGCCCUGGACCCCAACCGACAGAUCAAAAAGCGCAACAAGGCCCUGCAGGUGCGCUUUAAGGAUAUCUGUGAGGCCCAGAAUGAGCAGAGGGACACACAGCUGUCUUCAGGACCUCUGGGGGAGAAGCGGGAGGCCAAGGCUGUGUCCUGUAGGGCGGCGUACCGUAAGUAUAUGACAGUGCCAGCCCGCCGAUCCAUUCCCAAUGUCACCAAGAGCACGGGUGUGCAGACCUCACCGGACCUUCGCAAAUGUUACCAGACAUUCCCGAUGGACCGGAAGAAAGGCAGUCUCAAGGGCCUGCCAGCUGCAGAUGCCUUCAAAAGCCAGAACAAUGGCUUUCUGACAGAUUCAAAAGAAAAGAGCGAGGCUGGACCCAUGGAGGACCCACGGCCCUGCAGUGCAGGAAGGAUUCACAAGACCACAGCGUUGGUUUUCCAUUCCAAUGAGCAUGUGAAUGCGCUGGACCAGCCUUCUGGGGUCAACUGUGCAGAGCUCUGCAAGACUCCAGGCAUGCUUGGCUAUCCUGAAGCUCUAUUGCAGAACUCUCGGCCUCCCUCUGAGGAGCCCAUCCCCCAGCUGCAGGGGAGAGCUAAACCCGACAGGGGCACGCCAGACUCAGAGGAGCCCACCCCACUCACCCAUGGAAGGGUGUUUAAAACAGAGGUCGCCACUGUGUACCCGCCUGCCAUCAGUACCAGGCCCCCUGAGCCUGGCUUGUCAAACUCUGCUGCUGCCAGCCAGUGGUCUCUCUGCCCUGCGGAUGAGGAGCAGAGGAGGGCUGCUCACAUCAAUGGACUGCAGGCAUCCACAGGUUCUGCUCUGGCCUGCUCACCCCCGGCGCAGUGCCUGUCCCCAGAAUGUAGCGAACAACCCCUGCGGAACCAGCCUAGCCCCGUAGCUGGGGCAGGGGAUGAAGAACACCAACAAAUCGUGCCUCACACAGAGGUGGUAGACCUCAAGGCCCAGCUGCAGGUGAUGGAGAACUUAAUUAGCUCUAGCCAAGAGACCAUCAAAGUGCUGCUGGGAGUCAUUCAGGAGCUGGAGAAAGGAGAGGCCCACCGGGAAGGGCUUUCAUAUCGGACGGGGCAAGACACAGCUAAUUGUGACACGUGCAGGAACAGUGCAUGUAUUAUCUAUAGUGUGGAGCUGGACUUUAAGCAACAGGAAGACAAACUCCAACCUGUGCUGAGAAAACUGCACCCUGUCGAGGAAACUCAGGUCAUCCCUUCGCCUUACACUCAGGAGACUUACUCCUCCACGCCCAAGCAAAAAUCCAAAACUGAGUCCAAAAAGCACGGAAGGUGGAAACUCUGGUUUCUUUAAGACUCGGGGGCUUGGGAGUACCCAGGCCAUCUUGCAAACCCACUGGAAUUUAAGUCAGUCCUUUCCCAAACUGGAUAGGAUCAAGGGAACUGCGGUGCCAACGCGUGCUCCCUGCUUCUCGCCCUGCGUACCAAAAAGGCCUUCGCACCAACAGAUAAUUAGCAGCAAGGGAGUGACUGUCGCCCCUUGCCAGCUGUCCUUUGCAGUGCACUGGUGUGGGGUGAAGAGUCUGAAAUAAAACUUACAUAGUCAAAGAUAAGGAAAAACUCUAACCCCCGGCAGCCGGCCCAUCUAUGAAUGAGUAUUGAGUUAUCAGCGUUCCAUAGGGCAGGCUGUCCCUCUGUAGACAGUGGAACUUUUCAUUAUUUUUGGCCCUUUAUUAUUAUUAUUAUUAUUUUUAAUGAGAAGAGAAAGCAAGCCUUGUAUUGGCAGAGGACUUCAUUUUAUCUUUCAUUUUGCAAAUAAGCAGGGGGGCGGGGAGUGCAGUUUUCAGCACAUUAAAUUCCGGAGAAAGCACAAUUUUUUUCAAGUGGUCGGAGACCAUAAAUAAUCUCGAAAAUGUGACUCUAUGUAUAUCUGCCUUCGUGUGCUGUAGCGCUAAGCCAAGUGACCACAUCUUCAGUGUCACAUUGACACCACAGAUUUAGCACCCUCUUCAUCUCCAGAUGGACGACAUGUUUACUGCUCAUUUUCCAAAUGGCCAGCAGCCAGGAACCACCCCGCCCCCACCCCCAAGUCAUAAUAUGCCUUCAAUCGUUGAAGCUGACAGGGUCAGAGCUACUGGACAGUAAGCUUUCUUGGAUCUUGCUUUAAUCUCUGGGUACCCAAAGGCCAAACGGUGAAUCUGGUAAGAAUUUGAAAACAGAAAAAGAUACACAAUGGGUAAUAUAGUUACCUGUAAAUCAUGGGUGCCUGGGCUGAAGCAGAAAGUGAUUUUUUUGUUUUGUUUUGUUUUGUUUGUGACUCAAUCCCCGGAGAUGCCCUUCAUCCCUGAAUGCAGCCAGGUGUUUUAUACAGUUCCUUAUGCUUUGUCACUACUGUGCGAGAUCUGACCAUCUCAGAGAGAAACAGUGGGUUUCCCUUAGCUGCUACCAAUGGCCAAACCUACCAUCGCCUACAUUUAACCUACCUGUAAAUUGUAUUAAGUGGCAAACUUAGGGAAAAGCUGUGAAUCAAAUGUUUUUAGGCAUUUUUUUUAAAAUCUGCCAUCACACUCAAGAGUUCUCUCUUGAUCACACAUGACAAUGUAAACCUCUGCUCCUUUAUUUUUCACUCAUUUCUUUGCACCUUUACAAAUAUCUUUUUUAUAGAAACCAAAAUCCUCCUGUGCAUUAAUGACUUCUCUCAGUGUUCUGUUUCCUGUGUAGGAAGUAGGGAUCUUCUUUUGCCUUUUAUUUACUAUCCUUUUUUUUUAUAACUUAAAAUCUUGAGUAGUUUGUGAGCCUAUCAGAAAAACCUAGUCUUCAGUGUCUGUCCAGCACUUUCAGUGGAACUGCAUACUGAGGGCAGCAACCCAGCUUUGGGAGAGGGUCAUGUCCUUCUUUUGAGGAGUAGGAGCUAUGAUUCACCAUGCUUUUCCUCUGGAUUCAGCAGUUCCAUUUAGUUGGGUUAUACAAGGAUCUAGCAAACAGUCAUCUGGUCUGGUCUUUAAAAGAAAAAACAAACCAAAAAAAAGCGAAAAGGAUAUUUUGUAUGACUACUCUUAAGGAUUACUCAAAUCACACGACAGAGGUAUGCUUAACUGAAAAUGGAUACACACAUGCUCCUGUGCACGCAUCUGCAAACACUCACACAUGUGCACACACACACACACAAAUACAUGGCUUUAAUGGAGGUACUCUAUAAGAAUUUGAAUCCAUAGAAGAGCAGUGAACAGGACUAUUGGAGAAGAGCCCUGACCAAGCUGAUCCUGUACCUGAAGGAAGUGCAAUUGUUUCAUGCAUAUGAAACUUCAAACACAACUUUCAUGUUUUUAUACUGUUUUUAACUGAUGUUAUAAAAAUGUUGGCAACCAGUUUUCUCUUCGUAUGUUUGAAGAUUCCCAUGUUCUCAGUUAAGUGGAAAGAAGGGUUCAGCAGCUUUCUGUCCAGUGCUGCUAUCUGUCUAAAUGUGAGCACACUUGUUUCAAACCAGUCUAGGCCCCCAAAUCAAAAGAUGAAACACUCUGGAGUCAGAAGCGAAACUCUGAAGAAAAACCAAUUCCUCCUCAAAAGAAAAAGAAAAAGCAUCUCCCCAACCAGGAAACAAAAUGUAUUUUCAAGCUCAUUUCAUAGCUGAAUCACAAAUUGCCAGUGACAGAGGAUGACCCUUCUUCUUGAAAUAUUGAAGUCAAAACUUUCAUACAAAACCAAGUAAAAUGUUCAGUGUCCCCUCCCAUGUAGAUGUACACAUGGCAUUACGUAUAGAGUAAAUUAUUAUACUUGUCAUUAAAUCUUUAUUAAUUUUUAAAUAAAAAAAUCAAAGGUAA